CGGUAUUCUACCAUUUUAAUCUUGCUGGGCCGGUAGCGUGCGUGAAAACUGCUAACACUGAAAGUCAGCCUUGUUUCAUCCUCUUCAACGAAUAUGCCUACUUAAAACAGGCAACCGCGACUGUUCGCUUAUUAGUGCGAUUCUCUGUCUUUCCGUGUGCACAAACGAAAUAAAACAACUUUCCUUUGUGAUCUACCUUGUGUCUUUUCCUCCAUCAACUUGUUCUGAAUCCAUUCCUCGGCCCACUUUAUGGUCAAUUGGCAGCAGAGACGGAAAGAAGUGUCUUUUUUUUAACUUCAAAUUAACCACAAAGAAAGAAAUAUAUCAAGAUGAAUAAAUUAUCUUAUAUGGAAGUGGUCACAGUACCUAAUUAUUCUUAUGUAUUUAAUUUCGAAGAAAAUUUCAUUCAUACAGAGACUAAAGUAUGGAUGACGAAGAAUUGGACGAACUGUUUCUACUAUUGUGGCAUUUACAUGAUCCUAAUUUUUGGUGGAAAACAUUAUAUGUCAACUAGACCAAGGUUUGAACUCAGGGGCGUACUUGCUUUAUGGAACACAUUGCUUGCAUCGUUCUCCAUUAUUGGAUUGACUAGAACAUUACCAGAAUUGGUCCAUGUGUUAAAGCAUUAUGGGUUUUACCAUAGUGUUUGUAUACCUAGCUUUAUUGAACAAGACGUCGUGUCUGGUUUUUGGACAUGGAUGUUUGUUCUAUCAAAACUUCCGGAGCUUGGUGAUACAAUCUUUAUAGUAUUACGAAAACAAGAAUUAAUUUUUCUACAUUGGUAUCAUCAUAUAACAGUUCUUCUUUACUCAUGGUUCUCAUAUUCAGAGUACACAGCAUCCGCGAGAUGGUUCGUUGUAAUGAACUUUUUUAUUCAUUCCAUAAUGUAUAGUUAUUAUGCUUUGAAAGCAAUGCAAUACAGACCACCAAAAAUAUGCGCUAUGUUAAUCACUGUACUACAGAUAACACAAAUGUUUAUUGGUUGCAUUAUAAAUAUUUCGGCUCACCAGUAUCUGGAAAACCAGAUUGAAUGCCAUAUUUCACGUUUAAACGUUAAACUUAGUUUGCUUAUGUACUUCAGCUAUUUCAUUCUCUUCUGUAGAUUCUUCCAAAGAUCUUAUAUUAACAAAGGUGGUAAAUUCCAAAAGAAGGGCUUCACUAAUGGAACAGUGGAAUAUGACAAGCUCAAGGCUAAUUAAAGCACACUAAAAUAUUUUGGAAACUUUUUCUAAAAACGCAUUCCAGUGGCAUUUCUUGAAAACAUUUUCUAAGAAUCUUUUUAAAGUUAUGGAGCUGUGUUUCAAGAAAUAUCCUUUGGAAAUUUUUUUAGAAGUCUUUGUUAAUUCAAAGUCGUAAAAUUGGUUGUGGUAGAAUGAAAUCACAAGAUAGAAUGGAAAUUACUUAAAUACAGCACAUUGAAUUUUAUGAUAAUAUUAAAUGUUGCACACUGAAUUUGGUAGUAAUAGUAAUAAAUUUCAUAAUAAGUUGUUUAACGUGUUGAUAACGUUACAUACGUUAUCAACAAGUUAAUAGGAAGCUUCUUAAAACUACUUUUUCUCUAGAAAUGAUUUCUAAAGAAAUUUCUGAAUUUUUUUUGUGAUACUUCUUUAUAAAGUUAAUGUAUCACAAAAAUAAUGGUAGAACGAGAAUGGAGACGUAAUAUUUAAGAACUUAGAAUAUUGUAUAAAUAUAUUAUUUAGUAUUGAACUAUUUACUAAUAAAAAAAAAUUAAUUAUAAUGAAAAAUUUAUCAAUAUGCUUAAUAUAUUUUUAUUAUCAAUAUGUUUGACAUAUUGUUGUGCAUAUGGAAAUGUAUAAAUAUGUUAAAAUAUGAUAAAAAUAUAUGUAUAAUGAUUUGCUUACAUAAAAUAAAAAUGAUAUUAAAAGUUUUUAAGUAAAAUUAAUACUAUAUAUUAUAUAAUCAUACAAAAAAAAAGGGAACUAGAAAAUUGUUUCCAAAUCUCGUUCUACUAAAGUAAAAAUGAAAAAAGAGGCAAAAAAAAAAAUUGCUUUUAAAAAAUCAGAAAAUGUGAAAAAAUUUCAUUAGGCCUACCAUCAAAAUCAAGUCAUUAUAUAUUCUUUAUAGAAAAUAGUAAAAGAAAAUAAUAAUCGGAAAAUAAAAUUGUAAUCUAAA